UUUUAAGAAGAUUUAGAGCAGGAUGUCAGAGUGAGUAGUUCGCAUCAGGAGGAAUAUUUUAAAUCUGCUGAUCCAGACACAACUCACAACAUACCUGUAUGUCAAGAUGAAUCCAGCUUCACGACCAGAGCUGUUUGAUUUUCAUGGAGUCUGGAUGACCCACCUUUUCACUGAAAACUGGAAGGACAUACAAAACUUUCAGGCCAGGCCAGAUGAUGUUCUUAUAACAUCUUACCCUAAAGCCGGGAGUACUUGGCUCUGCCACAUCAUAGACCUGCUGUACUUUGGUCAGACAAUUUCAGAAUGUGAUAAAACCAUCCCGCUUUUUACAAGAGUGCCCACCUUGGAGGUCACCAUCAGUUACCUGAGGAGAGAAUCAGAUCCAUCUCCAACCUUAUUCAAAGGAACAAACAUGAUAAACGACCUUCCCAGCUCUCCUCGACUGAUAAAGACUCAUCUUCCAGUUCAAUUUCUGCCAAAGUCCUUUUUUGAGCAAAACUGCAAAAUCGUUUAUAUAGGUCGCAACGCCAAAGACAACAUGGUGUCUUAUUUCCACUUUGAUCGCAUGGCCUUGGUGCAGCCAGAGCCUGGAGACUGGAGCAGCUACUUCCUAAGGUUCAUGGACGGAAAGAUGGUGUUUGGAUCCUGGUAUGACCAUGUGUCCGGCUGGUGGAAGAAGAAACAGACUUAUCCACAGCUCCAUUACAUGUUCUAUGAGGAUAUGAUUGAGGAUACUGCACAAGAAUUCGAGAAACUCUGCUGCUUCCUGGGUUUGUCUCCUUCGGCUGAAGAAAAGGAAAGAAUAAUGAGUGCAGUGCAGUUCAGUGAAAUGAAAACAAACAAAAUGGUCAACUAUUCAUUAUUCCCUGGGAUGGAUUUCACAAAGUCAUCCUUUAUGAGAAAAGGAAAGGUUGGAGACUGGAAGAACUAUCUCACUGUGGCCCAGAAUGAAAAGUUUGAUGAAGACUACAAGAAAAAGAUGAAGGACCCCACACUUAUGUUUCGCACUGAAAUCUGACUGCAAAAGCUGUUGACAGAUUGAUUUGUUGAUAGAUAUACUGCAUUUCUGUAAAAAAAAAAAAAAAAAAACAUAGAUACAGUGGGUAUGUAAAGUAUUCAGACUCCCUUAAAUUUUUCACUUUGUUAAUUUGCAGCCAUUUGCUAAAAUCAUUUAAGUUGAUUUUUUCCUUAUUAAUGUACACACAGUACCCCAUUUUGACAGAAAAACAUGGAAUUGUAGACAUUUUUGCUACCCUCUACUCAGUAUUAAGUAGAAGCACCCUUUUGAGCUAAUACAGCCAUGAGUCUUCUUGGAAAUGAUGCAAGUUUUUCACACCUGGAUUUGGGGAUCAUCUGCCAUUCCUCCUUGCAGAUCCUCUCCAGUUCUGUCAGGUUGGAUGGUGAAUGUUGAUGGACAGCCAUUUUCAGGUCUCUCCAGAGAUGCUCAAUUUGGUUUAAGUCAGGGCUCUGGCUGGGCCAUUCAAGAACAGUCACGGAGUUGUUCCUAAGCGACUCCUUUGUUAUUUUAGCUGUGCACUUAGGGUCAUUGUCUUGUUGGAAGGGGAACCUUCGACCCAGUCCGAGGUCAUGAGCACUCUGGAAAAGGUUUUCUUCCAGGAUAUCUCUCUACUUGGCCACAUUCAUCUUUCCUUUAAUUGCAACCAGUCGUCCUGUCCCUGCAGCUGAAAAACACCCCCACAUCAUGAUGCUGCCACCACCAUGCUUAACUAUAGGGAUUGUAUUGGGCAGGUGAUGAGAGGUGCCCAGUUUUCUCCACACAUACCGCUUAGAAUUAAGGCUAAAAUGUUUAAUCUUAGGCCCCGUCCACACAGAGACGAAAACAACAUAUUGCCGUUUCAGUGCGUGUAAGCACAGAACCACUAGAAACAACUGAAAAUGCUGUUGUGCAUAUGCCAAGCCUAUAUGUGGUGCUGCAUUGCUGCCACUGAAAUGCACCAAAAGAGGCAAACUGACAAACUUUAUUCUAGUUGCCCUUCUGAUUGUUCUCAAUGUUGGAUUUAAGAACAUAUGAUGUAUGCGUUUUGCGGUAGUGGUAAAGGAGCAUAAGAUUUUGCUGUAAAAGCCAUAACAAGCUCAGUAGCUUCUGCAGGCCGAACACAACCCUGUAAUCCACCCUUGUUGUUUUGGCCAUACCUGCUCAGGCGUCUUAAGAGAGCUAUGCUAUGUGUGAUGUAAUUGUUUCAAGUUGGCCAUCCACACAGAGAUGAAACGGUAGUCGUUUACGGAUUUGUACGUUUUCAAAAAGUAGCACUUACAGUCAACCCAAAAUGCCCUUUCCGUGUGGAUGAAAUGCCGCUACGACAAAAAACUUUUGCAUAUACUUCUGAAUUCAUCUCCGUGUGGAGAGUGCCUUAGUCUAAUUAGACCAGAGAAUCUUAUAGUCUGGGAGUACUUCAUGUGUUUUUUGGCAAACUCUAUGCAGGUUUUCGUGUGUCUUGCACUGAGAAGAGGCUUCCGUUGGGCCACUCUGCUGAUUGGUGGAGGGCUGCAGUGAAGGUUGACUUUCUAGGACUUUCUCCCAUCUCCCCACUGCAUCUCUGGAGCUCAGCCACAGUGAGCUUUGGGUUCUUCUUGACCUCUCUCACCAAGGCUCUUCUCCCCCGAUUGCUCAGUUUGACCAGACAGUCAGCUCUCGGAAGAGUUGUGGUCGUCCCAAACCAGAGUGAAUUAGGGUGUGAGUUUGCAAAAUAUCACCGACUCCUCAAUAUGAUGCUUCUCACACCAGCAUCCACCAACACCACAAUAAGAAGCAUACAGAGGAAUCAUCAGCUUUCUGACAGUCAAGUUUUUUGUUUCAUUUAAUUAUUGAUCUAAAAAGAGGUUAAAAAAAAGUUAUCAGCUGAUAUAUAUGGGUUAUCAGAAUUUUUAACUCCUAAUAUCAGCAUCGGCCCCCAAAAACCCAUAUCUGUCAGAGCCGAGUCGUCUGAACUCACUCUCAAAUAAUCCAUAAAAUUACAAACAUAACUCAUGCAUUCAUCAUAUGUAUUCUUUGAUGUUAUGAGUUGUGUUGUUCUUUUUCAAGAUAUUAACAAAGAAAAAAAGAACCCUCAAUGUAAUUGCAUAAUCUAAACAAUCAAAUAAUUUAUUUCUAUUGGUGAGAGUUACACAAUUUGAUUACAACAAAAUGAAUGAUCUUCAGUAUUAUUACCACUAUACACCAUUACUUUAUUUGCAAGAUUUUUCUGUUUUUCUUCAUUUUUCUUUUUUCUCUCAGUUAGAGCUGUUUAAUCAUUGGAUUUUUAAAAAUGUGUUCUGUACAUGUUUAAUGCUAUUUUUAUGUUUUAGUUUGAAAUACAUACACAUUCCUUUGUCUGUUACUGACACCUACUGGUGAAACUGUGUAUUCAGCUAAAUCGUCAGCCUGCAGUGUUCAAAUGAUUGAGACAAGCUCAUGGGCUGCCAGAAACUGUUGACAGUAUCAGUCACAUGCAAGAGAGGAUGUUUGUUUUUGGAGGAAUAUGGAAGACAGAAGGACUGUAGCAACUUCAACAUUUCUGGUCAGAAGGCACACGUGGUAAGUGACUGUGUUUUGUUGUUGUUGUUGUUGUUGUUGUUGUUGUUUUGAGCAUCUUUUAAGGUUUGUGAUGUUGUGUUUCUUAUGGCAGUAUUGUUUACUUUAGUUUUUCACAGUGCUUGGUGUAAGUAUAAGUACCUGUAUAACCACCUGUCAAACAUCAGUUGGAACGUGGCUUACCUGUACUGGAAGAAAAACUAUGGGAGCAGUUAUAACCUGUAAUCUGUAAAAAUGCCAUUUGAUACCCAUUUAGCAUUAUAUUUUCACUUCUUUACUUAUAAAAUCAACAGAAAUAAUUCAGUUACAGACACCUGAAUGUUUUAUAGAAAGCUUUGAGUGGGCUGCCAAUGUAAAAUAAAAUGUGUUUAUUGACUGUC